UGGCGCGGUGUAGAUCUCUUUGUUGGGUUACAGUGGCUAGGCUGUAGUUGGGUGCUGCGUGCCUGGCGAAGUUGGAAGCUUUGCCUGGUCAUCGUUGCUUCGAACAGGUCGUCAAGCUUCGCUUUGAGAUUGACUUUAUGUCAGCCAUGGACUUUGUAGCUGAUAUGAUGCGUGCUUUGCCGUCGUUGGUACCCCAGCAAAUGCUGAACCGCGAAGACUGGAGUGACGUCGUCGCCAUGAAGGGCGCACGGGAAGUCCUGAGUGGAGUCAGGUACCCGGAAGACUCCACCCGGCAGUCUCUAUACGCGUCCUGGCUGAGAGUCAUCGCCUCCACCACAUGGCAGGAGUCAUUCGACCUACUCAUGCUCGAGUGCGUGGCCGCCACACCGUCGCCAACUGCCCCCUGGAAGCCGCUGUUCGCCAGCAUCUACAGGGUCUCUGACUUGAUGAACCUGCCGUUCCCGGGUGUAAUAGAGCCUGUGCUAAACCUUGACAAGAUUCCCAAGCUCUUUGUGCACAAGCUUGAGGACGUGGAGCCGCUCCCUUCGUCUCCCGGAUUCGUCGAUUUCCUCGCCGACCUGAUAAGGAAGAGUCGCAGCUCUGGGGCGGCCCUGAACGAGGCCGGCCUGAUCAUCAGCUUCUACAGCCUCGCGCUGGCCGUUGUUGCAGCCAAGCCCGUGAGAGAAGUGCUGGACUUCUUCCGCACCCGGAUGAAGAGGGCGCUGGCCGCGGCUGUGCCCACGUCGUUUGAUGGAGACGUGUUCUGUCCCAGCGCCAGGUUCCUGACCAAACUGGCCCGCAAGACGCACUCAGGGGAAGGAAAGGUGAAGCCUUACAUCGUGCUCCUGGUGCUGGCUCAGUAUGCAUACUACGUCAACGAAGUUGAAGCAUCGCCCAGCGCCGACUUGAGGUUCCUGGAGGAAGGUUACCUGAUGCGAGCCAAGUUCGGUCUCCUGGACAUAAUACAACUGCUGCACGUUGUGCAAGAGAAGACUACGCUGAGCGCCGAGUUGCUCAACGGCAUCCUGCAGGAUGGCCGCUCUCAAGAGGUAGACCUGUCUUGCCAGCGCGUUCGCCAGUUCCUGGCAGACGCUGACGAGCCGAUGCAGCAAACGAAGCCGUGGUGCCGCACAACCAACUCAUGUUUCUUCACACACCUCGACUUGUGCGACCACGUGGACUACGCCAUGAGGCUGACAGCGUUUGUGGCGCCGGACCCCAACGACCUGCUCUGGGAGAGACCAGAGUUUGCCGAUGUGCCAGCGGCACGCAUUAAGGAUGCUCGGCUCUGGGCCCGCAACUUCAAGAGAGCCUUACGGAAAGGAAAGUACGGCACAGCCCCCAGGCUAGACCAGUAACAAGCUCGCACGGUUUGAGAAACCGACCGUUAACGCUUUGUAGCCUUUCAGCAAUCUCCUUAGCCACAUUAUUACGCUACCAAAUCAGGCAUCAAGGGCAUGCUCGAAUAUUCCACCUUGCUCCAAGUUUAUGCAGCCGUUAUUGCGAGUCUGGUGAUCAUAGCCGUCCCACUGCCAAAUCCAGCAUCAAAACAUGCCGGAAUGUUUCACACUGAGGCUUCACCUUGUCCUAUAUGUCUUCAUGCAACCCAUUUGUACUUUAUUUAGUGUCGCAAUUCCACUGCCAAGUCCACAUCUACAACACACUGUGGGACCUUUUACCGUUGCUGUUCUUUGAGAUCAUCGACCCGUUGAAAAACAUUUUCUUGCGAUGCCAUACCAGUGCCAAAUUCUCAACUUCCAAGAGUACGCCAGAAUAUAUUGUGUCGGAAUAUUUUUUCCGUGACCUCUAGUUUUCAUGAAGCCCUUAUCGGCACUUUCUGUAUCCUUGUCAUUCCAGUGCCAACUCCAGCAAAGAAAUAAUGCUGGAUGUUUUAUUUUU